CUUCCUCCACAAAACCAAAAUCCAAUCUUGAACCCUCUCCCCAGCUUCCACAUCUCAAGUCCAAUCUAAUCAGCUCAGCUCUCGUCGAGAUGGGCCGCAAGUUCUUCGUUGGUGGCAACUGGAAAUGCAAUGGGACCGCUGAUCAGGUGGACAAAAUCGUCAAAACUCUGAAUGAGGGACAGGUUCCUUCUCCAGAUGUUGUUGAGGUGGUUGUCAGCCCGCCUUAUGUGUUCCUUCCUGUGGUCAAGAGUCAGCUGCGCCCGGAGUUCCAAGUUGCUGCUCAGAAUUGUUGGGUGAAGAAGGGUGGGGCUUUCACCGGUGAGGUCAGCGCUGAGAUGCUUGUCAACCUUGGUGUUCCCUGGGUUAUUCUUGGACACUCUGAAAGGAGGAGCUUGUUGGGAGAAUCAAAUGAGUUUGUUGGAGACAAGGUGGCAUAUGCGCUCUCUCAGGGCUUGAAGGUCAUUGCAUGUGUUGGUGAGACCCUCGAGCAGCGGGAAUCUGGAUCAACCAUGGAAGUUGUUUCUGCACAAACAAAAGCAAUUGCUGAAAAGAUCAAGGAUUGGACUAAUGUGGUUGUUGCUUACGAACCUGUGUGGGCCAUUGGAACUGGUAAAGUUGCUACACCAGCUCAAGCACAAGAAGUGCAUGCAGGGCUGAGGGAGUGGCUCGCUACAAAUGUCAGUGCUGAGGUUGCUGAAUCCACACGGAUCAUCUAUGGAGGUUCUGUAACUGCUGCGAACAGCAAGGAGCUGGCAGGACAACCUGACGUUGAUGGUUUUCUCGUCGGUGGUGCUUCAUUGAAGCCUGAAUUCAUCGACAUUAUCAACGCCGCUACCGUGAAGUCUGCCUAAGAUCUUCGCCUCUUUCACCUUCGGCGUGGAAAAAUGUCUGAAGAGGAACAUGCCUUUUUCUGUGCUUAUGUAAUGCUAGUAAUUUUGUGCUGGAGCAGCUACUCUUUUCCUCACUUCACUUCCCUGAAGCUACUACAGCUUGAGCAUGCUAAUAAUGCACACCACUGAACAUACAAACCAAUAAUGUCUAGCUCCUUUUGUCGUGAGUUAUAUCAUGUGAGUUUCAGAUCAGAUUGCACUGGUUCCUU